AUGGCGACAUCAUUCUUGCCAUCGAUAUUACGUCCUGACUAUACGUGGCCUUGUCGGGCUCCUUUCACCGUCUCCCCAACCACACCUCCAGUACCUCGUGUUUCCUGGAAACCCAUCAGGCUAGCAUGGGGUCUCGUGCACAGAGCGCUACGCUACUUCUCCCAGUGGUACUGCUCGUGGUUCGGAAUCCAUUUCGACUACAAUAUCAUUCCACUACCAUUCGGACUCGUGAUCAAAUGGACAGACCGCAGCAGCGUCGAGGAAGCGGUCGCUACACAGAUGGCAAGAGCCGGUGGAUUGCCUGUGCCAAAAGUUCUGAAUUAUGGCGAACAUCCUUUUCCAGAUUGCAACCGAAGAGUCUCGAUCCUGAUGACUCGACUCCCAGGAAUCGACUUGAAUAACUGGGAGGAUACAGAAUAUGAUCCGGAGAGCGAGGAGCCGUGGCUACAGGAGCUGAAGACGUGCGUGCAGACCAUGCGCUUGUGGACGCCCCCUUCCUCACGCCAAAAUUGGGUCUCAUCAGCGAUCGGAACUUGUCUACGAAGUCAACGCGUUCCCCAUCAUAUCAUGGGACCAUUCACAGAUCAGACACAGUUGCAUGACUUUCUGCUAUCCACGGCUUCAAAUCAUGCUUUCAAAUCACAAGCCGAGUUUGAGAAAACCCUGGCAACGGCAAAGAAAUUAGAUCAACGAAAGUAUAGAAUGGUUUUCAGCCAAGGUGACUUAAAAGCCCAUAAUAUCCUUGUCGGUGACGAUGGUCACCUAACUGGGUUUCUCGACUGGGAGUCUGCGGGUUGGUAUCCAGAAUACUGGGAGUUCACCACAGCUAUGCGAUUCGGGAGGAAUUCCUGGUGGUUCCGAGCAGUGUCUUGGAUUGGAGGCUCUGAGUAUCUUGAGGAACUGGAUUAUGAUCGUGCUCUAAACAACUUGACGGUGGACUCUUAUGCCUUCCUCUAGGACAAUAGGUGCUAAGUUUCCGGGGCGGCUGUUCAUCAGCUUGCCUUCCGGUACAUUCUUGAUUUGCAUAUUCGAUCUUCAUUCCUGCAGAUUACUGUGGCUGCCGUAUCAUGUCUGCAUACUUGAUCGAGGAGGCUCUCAAGGAGAAAUUUUUGUAUUGAGCUAGUGCUACGUACUUUUCGACGAG